AUGUGUCAUAGAGGAUGUAUGUUUGCACCUAUAAAAAUUUGGCAUAAAUGGCAUGUUAAAACCAAUUUAAAUCAAAAAAUAUAUGUCACUGUGUCAUUGUUAGCAGCAUCAUCAAUUUCAGAUUUGGUUUUAACACAUGGACAUAGAAUUGAAGAGUGUUAUAGUUUGAAUUUAUUACAAUUGGCACCAGGUGGUCAUUUGGGUAAUUUAUUAUCUGGUCUCAAAGUGCUUUUGGAUGAUUUGUUUGGCACCUAUAGAAGAUCUUCUUUCUUGAUGAAAUAUUUUCAGUACUAA